AUGGUGUCCGCGCGGAAGGGCCAGGGCCGCGGAGGCGGGGUCCGAGGCCCUCCCCGCGUCGACGGCGGCGGCAGCCUGGCUUCGCGCGUGGCCGUGCUCGCCUUCUGCGUCGGCGGGAUCUGGUCGUCCUACAUCACCCAGGGGAUCCUCCAGGAGACGCUAUCGACGAAGCGAUUCGGGCCGGAGGAGCGGCGGUUCGAUCACCUCGCGUUCCUCAACUUCGCGCAGAACGUCGUCUGCUUCGUCUGGUCCUUCAUAAUGAUCAAGCUGUGGUCGGGUGGUAGCAGUCCUGCCGGGCGGGCGCCGCUUCUCAAGUACUGGGGCGUCAGCAUCACCAACACCAUCGGCCCGACCAUGGGGAUCGAGGCGCUCAAGUACAUCAGCUACCCGGCUCAGGUCUUGGCAAAAUCUUCUAAGAUGAUUCCAGUUAUGUUGAUGGGAACUAUACUCUAUGGUGUUAAGUAUACACUUCCAGAGUACUUUUGCACCUUCCUUGUUGCCGGGGGCGUCUCAUCCUUUGCAUUGUUGAAGGUAAGGAAUUCUUUAUUUUCACAUUUUAAUCAACAAACCAGCAAUGAGCUUUGCAUGCCUUUGAUGAUGCUCCUGAAACCAUUAAAACUUUUUGUCUGA